UGUGUAAUUUGACUAACGCUUUGACAGAGAUAGCCAGGGCUAACGGCUUGAUGGCUUGGAUGUCUGAAGAGCUUCCAUUAGACGUGUUAAGGUGAAGCAGUCGGAGACUGGAAUGGCAGCUUUUCAGAAAGGAGUUAUUGGAUUAACGCUGCUGAUGUUAGAGUCUACACUUCUGUUACUGAUGCCACAUUUAAUUUCUCAUGGUGCUGCAUCUGACCCGCCUCACUUCUCUCUCAUCCAAUGGCUGGACGGUGUGACGGGGGCAGAGUCUGCCAGGCUCAGACCAGUUUCUGAUUGGAGGAGCACUGUGGGCAUCAAAAUAGACCUGAGCAUCCUGAGUGUCCUUGGAGUGGAUGAGAAGAAUGAACGUCUGCUGCUGUAUGUUCUGUACACACAGGGAUGGGAGGAUGAGCGAUUGCGAUGGGAUCCCUCUGAGUACGGGGGUGUGCUGAGGGUCACCAUUCCUGCUCACAAAAUCUGGCUUCCUGAUAUCAUCUUACAUGAGAUGGCGAACACUGAUGAAGACUCGCACUACAGUCGUGUUUCAGUGACUAGUGCAGGGUGGGUGGAGUUACAGCAGCCCCGCCUCCUGGAGUCCAGCUGUCCCCUAAACCUCUAUCAUUUUCCACUGGACCAACAUACCUGUAACCUCACCUUCCUUUCCCAAUCACACACAGUGAAGGAGGUGGAGGUGUACUGGGGAAGGAGAGAGAAAGAUAGUGUGUUCUCUAGAGGAGAGUGGGAGAUCCUCUCUCUCUCCGUUCCCGCUAAUCUUCAGCCCGUCCCGCACUUUAACACCUCUGCUGUCAGAGUACAGGUUACAGUACGAAGGUCUCCUCUGCUCUAUAUGGUCACUCUGUUGUUGCCAAGUGCUCUGAUGCUGGUUCUAGACCUGCUGGCCUUCCUCAUCCCCGUCUGCCUCAAACAGCGGCUCAGCGUCAUGGCAGCCGUCUACACUGGGCACUUCAUCUUCAUCAUCACAGUCUUCACACUCUUCCCUCCUUUCACCCUGCAGCUACCACUUAUCGAAAUCUACCUGUUCGGCUCUCUGGCACUGCUGGCUUUGGGUGCUGUAGAAACAGCUGUCUUGUUCCAGCUGGCCAAUGAGAGGAACUCAUGGGUGGCAAAGCGCAUUUUCCCCGCACUGUGGCAGUUGAUGGGGCGGCGACAGUGGGAGGAGCCUCAAAUGAGCAGGGGCAGUGGUGUGUGUAUCUGCAUGAAGAUGGAGGAGUGUGCGUGUGAUCUACAGGUGGAGCUCAGUCAUGUUCGUCACUUUCUCCAAAGCCUACGUGAAGAAAGGAACACUCUGAGCAUGUGCAGAGAACUGAGCUCAGCUUUAGAUCGAAGCUACCUGUGCCUGCACUGCCUCGUACUGGCCAUCGGGGGCGCUGUACUGUACUGCCAGUGGAGAAGAACAGCAUGAGAUGACACACACUUGAAAUACACUGCAGCCAGAAUUUUACAUUUUACAUACACUUUUCCAUUUAUUUUUCAACAAUUAUUUACCUCUGCAGAAGUUGCCAUACUUUAUAUGCUAUGUUGUAUUUUACCCCAUAUGUUGAGCUCAAGAAAUAAAUAGAAAUUGUGACGUUUAA